AUGACCAUGUACAGCGCGAUCGUGUUAUGCCUUUUCUUUGGAGCCUUUUCAGCCGCACAGGACUUCAAGUGGAAGACUCACCAGGCCAAUCCAAACCAUCAACGUUCAGCUCCGUUCCAGAAGACUCCGCCUCGUGAGGAACGCUUGUCCUGGAGGUUUCCAGAGAACCCGGCCGAGGAGGAGCCUCGGUUCCCGCCGGAGUUCGAGGUCAAGGUUCCGGUGGCGGCGGAAAGCAUCACCGCCAUCUGCGGGGAGAACUACGUCUGGGUGGAGGCCAAGAAGGACCUGCUGGGGGUGGGCGAACCGGUCCUGUCUGCAGACCUCUCGCUGGGCGGAUGUCCCGCCACCGGGGACGACCCGGAGAGGCAGGUCCUGCUCUUCGAGUCCCCGCUGCACGGAUGUGGCAGCCAGCUGCUGAUGUCUGAGGACUCGUUCGUCUACGUCUUCACGCUGCUCUACUCUCCCAGCCCUCUGGGCUCCACUCAAAUCACCCGAGCCAGAGACGCCGCAAUCGACAUCCAGUGUCACUACCACAGGAAGCAGGACGUGAGCAGCGCGGUGUUGACUCCGACCUUGAGUCCCUUCAGUCGCUCCAGUGCCUCUGAGGAUCAGCUGUACUUCUCCAUCAAACUCGUGACCGAUGAUUGGCAGUUCUCUCGUCCAGCCGCUGAGUUCUUCUUGGGCGACAUGAUGAAGUUCGAGGUAUCUGUCCGGCAGUUUCACCACGUCCCACUCAGAGUGACGGUGGACCGCUGCGUGGCCACGACGCUCUCGCACGUCGACACCGUCCCUCGCUACGUCUUCCUGGGAAAUGGCGGGUGUCUGUUCGACAGUCAGCUGACCGGCUCCAGCUCUCGGUUCCUGCCGCGCUCGCAGAACGAGAAGCUGCAGUUCCAGUUGGAGGCCUUCAAAUUCCAGCAGGACAGCAACGGCGUGAUCUACAUCACCUGCAACGUGAGGGCCACGGUAGCUGCAGUACCUGUUGAUGCCACCAACAAGGCCUGCUCCUUCUCCAACGGGUGGAGGGAGGCCAGUGGCAACCAUAAAGCCUGUAGCUGCUGUGACUCAGACUGUGGAACAGGAAGCCAAGGUCAUGCGACUAAGACUGGAGCUCAGUGGGAAGAGGAGCGAGCUGUAGGACCGAUCACAGUGAAGGAGAAACCUCUACGGCAACCCGACGCCCCCUUGGUGAGAGGGUGGAAAUAAAGUUACUAACUAGAACACUGAAGCUGUUGAUUUGGAUUUAAAAACUCCUUGUUACUGAGAAUAAAUCAAAGCUGUUUGACACCUGAGACUCAAAGUCCCUUUUUAUUGACUGGCUCAA